AUGGCUGGUAUAAUAUCAGGAAUAUGGGGCAUGCUCUUGGAGGUUUUGUACUUCUGGCAAAGAAGGUUCAUACAAUGGAUGACUCGGAAGAAGCCAGUACGGCUUUGGUCGGAUCUUUUACGAGAUGCCCAGACCUACGAGGAAUGGGAAGAAGCUGCUUUUCAAUUAGAUGUUUUGUUAGGAAAUGAUUUAUGGUCUGUUCACCCCAUACCUGCUAACCCUACAUCGAAGCACUAUGAUUAUCGACUGAUACACGAGCGUCUGCAAUCAAUCAUAAUAGCCCGCGAAGAAGGAGACAUUCUACAACUGGUUAAUCUGCUAAGGUCUGGUCUCGUACGUAAUCUUGGAAAUAUAUGCGCUCCCCGACUUUUCAAUCGCGCAUUUGCGGGUACGAAACUCUUGAUCGAAGAUUACAUUACACAGGUUGCACAAGCUGUUGCGGAUGUAACUCAAUUGCCUACGACACCUGGCGCUGAUGGGAAUGAUGGAAGUGUGAAAGGGUUUAGCAGUCAGGCGAAGUUGGACCUGUUGCAUGACACUCGGCAGGCUUUUGGGAGAAGCACAUUGGUACUACAGGGAGGGGCAAUUUUCGGACUAUGUCAUUUGGGAGUUGUGAAAGCGUUAUUUAAUAGGGGGUUAUUGCCCCGAAUUGUGACGGGCACAGCGACCGGAGCGCUCAUCGCCGCUUUGGUGGGCAUCCAUACGGAAGAUGAGUUGCCAAAGUUUUUGAAUGGGGAGAGUAUUGAUUUGUCGGCUUUUGCGGGGAAGGAAAGGGGGCUUCAGGGUUCGAGUGGAUGGUGGGAUACUUUGACGAGGAGAGUUAGAAGGUUUUAUAGGGAAGGGUAUUUUUUGGAUGUGAAGGUACUCGAGGAAUGUGUGCGGGCAAAUGUGGGUGAUUUGACGUUUGAAGAAGCUUAUAAUAAGACUAAGAGAGUUUUGAAUAUCACGGUAGCCACAAGUGGAAAGGGAGGAGUACCAAAUCUACUUAACUAUCUCACAGCACCCAAUGUUUUGAUAUGGUCUGCCGCCCUUGCAUCUAACGCCUCAACUCCUUCUCUUUACGGAUCCUCCGUUACCCUAAAAUGCAAGGAUCCCUCAACAGGUACAAUAAUUCCCUGGUCCGCUGCUGCAGACGCUACCUUUCGCCCCUGGACCCACGCAUCCUAUACUGAUCGGGACUCACCACUCUCCCGCAUUGCCGAACUCUUCAACGUAAACCACUUUAUAGUCUCUCAAGCGCGUCCCUACCUCGUCCCCUUUCUUCAAUCCGAUAUGCAUGGUCCUUCUCGCCUCUACACUCGCGGUGGACGCACCUCUUUAACAGGCGGUUUAUUACAUCUCAUAACUAUGGAAAUUCGGCAUCGACUAGAACAACUCGAUUCCUUGCAACUUCUCCCUUUGUCGAUUCGCAGAUUUCUGGUAGAUGAACAUAUCCCUGCCGCAUCUGUAACACUAGUCCCAGUUCUAUCCGCAGGUGAUUUUAUUCGUCUUCUCGAGACACCUACCAAGGAAAGUCUAGAUUAUUGGAUCUUGAGGGGGGAGAAAAGUGUUUGGCCGGCUGUGGGAGCACUGAAGGUCAGGUGUGCCGUGGAAACGGAAUUGGAUAGAGGAUAUCAGAUUGUAAGAAGAAGAAAAGCAGGUGGUUUAAGGAGAAGAGGGAGUGUAGCCAAUGAUGGCCAUGGUGGAAAGAGAGAGAGGAGAGCAAGUAGUGUGGGUCGAAAUGGUAGGAGCUCCUUCGUUCAUGAUAAAUCUUGGUAA